GCCGUCAAAGACGAAGUGUAGGGACACACCUGCCUGUCCAAAUCACAAGGACCAUGCAAAACCAAAACCAUUUCUGGUAAAUUUUCAAUGGAAUCCUCGACGAGACGAUACGACGUCGUUGUGAUUCUCUGCUUUAUUUCGAGUCGUUUGCGUCGGAGUGUUAUGCCAAGUACGACUGUGUCAAAGUUGUAGGAUACAAAGACGUGUUUGUUUCGUUCACAAGUUGGACGUUUUGCCUGUUGUUAGGGCGACUUUUUUAGUCCGAUCAGCAAAUGGUGGCGAGUCCUUCAUUCCCAGUGGUCUGGGGAGGUGAGCAUGCAUCGGGAACUACACGCCGACUCAGUUUUGUUAGACGGCUAGCUGUCCUAGCUAAGUUCCCUUAUGUCUGACCGCUGAAAGGAACCGACAGCUGUGAACCAGGCACUGAAAGUUACUGGGAGAGGUGCAGCUCGGAUGAAAUCAAAGCCGUAUGACUCUAACAAGUGCGCCGCUUUUGCAGCAAGACUUUGCACUCCUGGAAGCCUCGUAUGUCUCGUUGUUUUUUGUGUCUUUUUGCAAUGUGGUGUCAAAGCCGAUCGCCUCAUGAAAGCUGAACUCCACGGUCAUCCCGAGUGAUCGAGGUUGUUGGAGCCACGGGGAUAAAAUGGAUGAGGCAGUCGAAAAUUCCAUAUCGGAGAUCCCACAGGUCUCCCCCGUCCCGGCCGAAAACGGGUUCGUGAUGGUCAUCAGUCACAGCAAGGUCCACCCUCCUUUCAGCGUCGUGUGGGCAACAGUCCUCUACUGUGCAGAGUUCAUCUGCGCCGCUGUGCUGUGCAGCAUGUACGAUAGGAGCGGCGACGUGAUCUGGAUGGGUCUGACCAUUACUUUCAUACUGGUGCCCAGUGUGUUGACCCAGCUGACGCUGACAUUCAUUCACCGGGACUUGGGAAGAGACCGUCCGCUUGUGCUGUUUAUGCACCUACUUCAAAUGGGGCCGAUUAUCAGGUGUGUAGAAGCUUUGGUGGUUUACUGCAAGGCAGGCAGAGAAGAGGAGCCUUAUGUCACAAUUACGAGGAAGAGGAAGCUGAAGAAAGGCAAGGCCGUGGGCUCCCCCAUGGAAUGGGAGAUCGGACACUCGGAGCGUAAGCUCACUGUCCACCGUGAUGCCUUCAAACGCACAGCUGUCAUCCAGGCUUUCCUUGGCUCCACCCCUCAGCUGACGCUACAGCUAUAUGCUGCCAUUCAGGAAAAGUAUCUCCUUCCCGCCAGACUUGCUCUGAUGGUCGUCUCCCUAAUAUCAAUCACAUACGGGGCACUGGUGUGCAGUGUUCUGGCCAUACAGAUCCGCUAUGACGAUUAUAAGGUGCGAAUGAGUCCUGCCGCUUACCUCUGUAUGGUGCUAUGGCGAGGCCUGGAGAUCACUACGCGCGUCACCACCCUGGUGCUCUUCAGCACGGCACUCACCUUCUGGGUGAUCCUGGUGGGCGGGGCCAACCUGCUCUUCUUCUUCUUCCAGCCGUGGGUGGAGUUCUGGGUGCGGCGGGCAUCGCUCCCCGAGAAUGUGGAGAAGAACUUCAGCAAGGUGGGUACGAGCGUAGUGCUGUGCAUGGUGACGCUCCUGUACGCGUGCAUCAACGUCUUCUGCUGGUCGGCCGUCCAGCUCAAUCUGGCUGACCACGACCUGAUCGAGAAGCAGCCGCGCUGGAGCCGCCUGGCCACGUACUACACCCUGCGCUUCGUAGAGAACCUGGCGCUGAUCGCGCUGUGGUACUUCUUCAAGUCGGACUUCUACGAGUACGUGUGCGCACCGCUGCUGGCCGUGCAGCUGGUCGUUUGCUACGGCCUCGGCGUCCUCUUCAUGCUGCUCUUCUACCAGUUCUGCCACCCAGCGCGGAAGCUGAUCAAACACAACGUGGAAGAGUGCCUCCGUUGCAUGUGCUGCCGGGGGAAGGCUCCGCCCCAGCGUGCCGGAGACCCCAUGCUGCUUCCACGGGACCAACUGCUCCCGGAGCGGGAGGUGGAUAUUGUGGAUGACUUCACCGAGGCAGCUUGACGGGGACUGUGCUGUUCACGUCAUCAAAUGUUGGGCGUUACCUAGCGUAUUUGCACGAGUCUAUGCUCAGGAGUGCCGUGCUGACUUUUCUAAAGACAAGCCUGUGGAGAGAGCUACACUAUAACUGCUGCAGGUGAUUAAACAAACAAAUAUGUUGUGUUACAAGAGUAUUUUGGGCACAAGAAUUUUGAAUUGGACUUGCGGAGCUGUUACUAAACUCUCAUUUUAAGUCUCAUUGCUUUGGUGUGGAAAUGAAAGCAGGCACUGAUAGAUUCCCGUGAGCUGCUGGCUGCUAGAUAUCAAAGAAUGUCAUCUGUUUAGUUAUGCAGAGACAGGUUCACAAAGGCAUCCUUCAGAAGUGGGUAGAACACACAACCGUCGACCAGGUGUGCUGAAAGCCUGCCAGGUGUCCGACUCAGAAAGAAGUGAUGUGGUUAUUUAGGGAAAUCCAUGCUUUACUCUCUUGUAGGGAAUGAACAUCAUCAAAAGCAGAGGGCAGGUGGUCCAGUGGUUUGUCCCCCAAGGGCACAAUGAAACUCUUGGGUCAUUUCUCAUAACAGAUCGAGGUUGACAAACACUGAAGUAUUUACCUGAGUGUUUAGUUUUAAGAGUGUAUGUCAACAUCUGUUGAAACUGAUUGCAUUUAUUUUAAAAGCCAAAAAAAGGAAUGUCUUAAUUUUGUAUGUUUGAUGUCCCUGAAUGAUGUAUCUGAUCUACUGUCUAUAAUUUGAAUAAAUAUUAAUAAAAUAUUUUGAACAUCUGA